AAUUCUUUAUUUCUUAUUUAUUAUAAUUAUAAAGAAUGAUAGAAAACUUGAUAUGAUAUAUCAUAGAUACAUAGACGUCGUUAUUAUAUUAUUAUUAAAUUUUAUAAUGAGAAUCCAAUUUUUAGAAUAUACAGAAAACUAAGCUUAAUUUAUUUAAUCGCAGAUACGCGUACAUAGUGAAUAAUAUGUUCGCGAAAAUAAUCGCUAUUCAAUUUGCUGUGAGUAUGUUGGUAGUGUGCUCAAAUUUGUAUCGAAUAGCUAUGGCGACCGAUUACAUGAGUUUUAUUCCAUUGAUAAUGUAUACAAGCGCUAUAUUAGUGCAGAUCUUCAUUUACUGUUGGUUUGGAAACGAAGUUAAAUUAAAAAGUCUUCGAUUGGUGAAUAGCAUUUAUGAUAUAGAAUGGCCGGCGCUUAGCAAUAAUAACAAGAAAGCUCUCUUAUUAAUUAUGAAGCGCGCCAUGAUUCCCAUCGAAUUUACUAGCGCAUACAUAAUUACAAUGAAUCUUGAGUCGUUUGUAGCUUUGCUUAAGAUGUCGUAUUCAAUUUUCAAUUUGCUACAUCAAACGCAUGAAUAA